UAGUCCGGCUCUAUAGUACACCGGCAUAGCCAUUACUUUAGUACACCGGUUGCUCUAUUGCUUGCUUCAUGUUUUAACUUCUAUUUUGAGGUCUUUGACUUUGUCAAAUGUAUUGUUGGAAGAAAUUGAUUUCAUAAGUUGCUUCUUCUGGUGUAUAAUAUAUAGUCCAAUUAGUUGUUGUCUUUUAAAUAUUUAAUACUCGGAUUUGAAGGAAUUGAUUUCUGAAGCUGCUUAAUAUAGUAGUUCAAAAAGUUGAAGCUUUUAAAUACUUAGUUGGUAGGGUGCUGGUUAUUUGGAGCAAUUUUAUAGAGUGGGGAUAUAGCAAUUGAUGGCUGAAAUUGGAUUAAGAUUGAAAGCUUUAACAGGAUAUGCAGUCGGGGUGAUUAGUUUUCUUGUUUUAGCUUUUGCCCUUUUGGCAUCCGCUGAGCAAAUUCUAAAUGGAACAAGUAAUGACUUUGAAUCAGGCUCCUUUUUUAAGCUAUUCAAUGUUCUUCUUCAGGAGGGGAAAAUGCAUUACCAACAUUUUUGGCCUGAAUUGGAAUUUGGGUGGAGAGUAAUUGUUGGUUCAGUGAUUGGAUUCUUUGCUGCCGCUUUUGGGAGUGUAGGAGGUGUUGGGGGAGGUGGUAUCUUUGUUCCGAUGCUUACUUUGAUCACUGGGUUUGAUCCAAAGACAUCAACUGCAAUAUCAAAAUGUAAGAAUCUAACAUCAACUGCAAUAUCAAAAUGCAUGAUAACUGGUGCAGCAGGGGCAACUGUCUAUUACAACCUCAAGCUAAGGCAUCCAAUACUUGACCUGCCCAUCAUUGAUUAUGAUCUAUCGCUUCUUUUACAACCAAUGCUAUUGCUAGGGAUCAGUAUUGGAGUUGUUCUUAACAUUCUUUUUGCUGAGUGGAUGGUUACAGUUUUAUUGAUCAUUCUUUUCAUAGUUACAUCAACUAGGUCGUUCUUCAAGGGUGUUGAGACAUGGAAAAAAGAAACCAUAAUAAAAAAGGAGGUAUCCAGACGCUUGACAUCUAGCAAUGCUGGUGCUGAAGAUGCUGCAUACAAACUUCUACCAGCAGAUCCAAGAGUUAGAAAUGAAGGGUAUAAAACACCAGAGGUAUCGAUUGUUGACAACGUGUAUUGGAAGGAUUUCAUCAUACUUAUUGCUGUGUGGGUUAUUCUCCUCGUACUGCAUUUUUUCAAGAAUUACACGUCAACUUGUUCAACGACAUAUUGGAUCUUAAACCUCUUACAGGUCCCUGUUGCUGUAGGAGCUUCUGGAUAUGAAGCAGUUUGCUUGUAUAAGGGAACGAGAAUGGUCAUGUCAAGUGGUGAAGCAGUAAUAACCUGGAAAGUGCAUCAGUUGAUUCUUUACUGUUGCUGUGGCAUUUUGGCUGGUAUAGUUGGUGGGCUGCUAGGUCUUGGUGGAGGAUUCAUUUUGGGCCCAUUGUUUCUAGAGCUAGGGAUUCCUCCACAGGUUUCUAGUGCCACUGCUACCUUUGUGAUGAUUUUCUCCUCCUCCAUGUCCGUAGUACAAUACUACCUACUAGGACGUUUUCCAGUACCAUAUGCCCUGUAUUUUGUUGCUGUGGCCACUGUUGCUGCCUUGGCAGGACAGUAUGUCGUACGAAAAAUAAUUAGCAUAGUUGGUAGAGCAUCUGUAAUCAUCUUUGUUUUGGCCUUCACAAUCUUCGUCAGCGCACUCUCAUUAGGUGGUGUUGGCAUAGCAGACACGAUUAAAAGGAUCAAGGAAGGACGGUAUAUGGGGUUUGAUAACAUCUGUGAAUAUAAGCCUUAAGUUUUUGUGUAGCUAGUCUCGUUCUGGACUUCUUGUAACAAUUUUUGACUUUAGGUGAUUCACAUAUGUUUAGUUGGAUGAUAAAAAACUUUGGCAGUUAUGAGGGUUCUAGAUUCAAACUUACAUUCUCUUGGCGCUAGUUAGGAGAAUUCUGUUUUGGAACUUACACAUAACAGAAAUCCAUUCCUUCUACUUUCAUCAGUAAUUCAUGUAAAUAGCUGCAUGACUAAGCUGCGUAUAUAGUUCAUGAAAAUAUUGAACUUUCCUCCAA